AAAUUCUUCCAUGUUUUGCGAUGAGCAUGAUUGACUUGCCAAUCGACUUUUUGAAAGAUUAAUAAAAUUAAGUAAUUCGUUUUACAUAUUUAUUUUGGAGAAGGUUUGAAAGCUCCGAAUCAUAAUAUCGAUUGAAGCAUCAACGUGAAAACCUGAUGUAAUCGAUAAGAGCUUGGUGAAGACGGUGAAGUGGCAAACCAACCACAUUCGGCAUACAUCCUUCGAUUCCACGAACGAAGACAGCGCCAAAGUCACCGAUUCCAUAUGAACCUGCUUUUUUCCUGAAAUUUCGAUUUACUAGAUUCUCAUUUUCUCACAAUUUGCUGCAACAAUUUGAGUCGAUUUGGUGACUGACUUGCCAAUACAAUAAUGGCUUCUUUCAUUCCGAACUUGCCGUCGUGGGCGAAACACGUGGAUCUGAAAUUUCGAUCGGCUCUUGUGCUCAGUCAAUUAUUCACAAAAAGUUGGGGACAUCCGGAUGUAAUUAAACAAAUGGCAAAAUAUCGCAGAGAUGUCAUGUCAAAGAGGCUUGUGAUGGAUUAUGUGAAAGAACUUAAUCCCAAAAUCGACAUUGUGAAGAAAUAUUCAAAAAAUGGCGUAACUUCAUACGAGGGAUUUUUCGCAAGUCCUCAUGCCACUCUCUUUCCCAAUCAUAUGCCAGGAAACGUCGGUCGAGCACAUUUCAGAGCAUAUCUUCCUCAGAAACCAGGCCCCGUAUGCAUACAUUUGGCAGGCACCGGAGAUCACUCUUAUUUUAGACGUCACUAUCUUCUUGUUGAUGACAUGCUUAAGGAUGGUGUGGGAUCUAUUUUAAUUCAAAAUCCAUUUUAUGGAGAUCGAAAACCACCGAAUCAAUUCCGUUCUUCUCUUGAAAAUGUGACGGAUCUUUUUGUGAUGGGUGCCGCUUUAAUUGCAGAAUGUAAUCAUCUUUUCAAUUGGUCUGAGACACUUGGAUAUGGUCCAUUUGCAAUUUCUGGUGUCUCGAUGGGUGGAUUUAUGGCUCAACUUGCUGGAUCAAAUUCGCAACGUCCAAUAUCAAUAGUUCCUAUUCUUGCAUGGACGACAGCAUCACCAUCAUAUACGGAAGGAGCUAUUUCUCCAGCUGUUAAUUAUUCUUUACUGCAGAAACAGCUCGAAGAUCCUCACUAUGUUGAUAAAAUCCGAAGAAUUCCGAAUCAAAAUUGGCUGGAUAAAAUGCGAGAGAUGACUGCGAGAAACGGUGAUUCAGAAGCCAAGAAUAUGAUGAGAAUUUUGAUGGAUGACUUCACAAGUCUUGAAUUCUAUCCAACACCAAUAGACACAUCACUAUGCCAUGUAUUCUUGGCUGAUCAGGAUCAAUAUGUACUGCGAAAUCAAGGGACACCAACAUAUCAACAAUUAUGGCCUAAUGUAACUGUUGAAAUGAUGGAAGGAUAUGGACAUGUUACAGCAUAUCUAUCGAAACAUGAUCUUUGGCGUCGAAGAAUAACCGAAUUGCUCAGACGGCAACAGCAGAAAACAAUUUAAAAUAAUUUGCAUUUUUACUAGAAUUUUGAUUUUCCGUUUCUUCUUGUGAUACUAGAACUCCCAUAGCCAAAUUUGAGAUUGUCUCUAUUUUGACAUUACCGGUUUCUCUUUCUCAGUGUGCCUUUUCAUAAAAUAGAACUAUGUCGGUAAUGAACAUUUUUCAACCAAA